AUGAGGUUCCCUGCUCAACUCAUGGGGCUAUUAAUGCUCUGGAUCUCUGCAUCGAAAGCAGAUAUUGUGCUGACCCAGACUCCACUCACUCUGUCCAUCACUAUUGGAGAGCCGGCCACCAUCACCUGCAAGUCGAGUCAGAGCCUUGUACAUAGUAAUGGAAAGACCUAUUUGCACUGGUUCCAGCAGAAGCCAGGCCAAGCUCCACGUCUCCUGAUCUAUGAAGUUUCCAACAGGUUCACUGGGGUCCCAGACAGGUUCAUUGGCAGUGGGUCAGUUACAGAUUUCGCUCUUAAAAUCAGCAGAGUGGAGGCUGAGGAUGUGGCAGUUUAUUACUGUGAGCAAGAUGCACAAGCUCCUCCCACAGUAUUAGAGUCCUAUACAAAAUAUUGUGAAUCCAGUGGGGAUAUUGUGAUGACUCAGACUCCAUCCACCCUGUCUGUUACUCUUGGAGAGCCAGCCACCAUCUCCUGCAAGUCUAGUCAGAGUCUCCUACAUAGUAAUGGGGAUACCUACUUAGAAUGGUACCAGCAGAAGUCAGCCUGCAUGGGACACAUCAUUUUGGCUCAGGUUCCAGAGACCUUGGUAACCAUUCAAGGUGCCUUUGUGUCCAUCACCUGCAGAACCAGCUCAGGAGUUGGAACCUCGAUGGCCUGGUACCAACAGAAACACAAAGAGUCUCCCAGACUGCUUUUCUUUGGGGCUUCUGCCCUGGCAGCUGGAACCCCUGACAGGUUCCAAGGAAGUGGUUCUGGCCAAGAUUUCUCUCUCACCAUCCAUGGAGUGCAUGAUGAAGACACUGGAAUGUAUUACUGCCAGCAACACUUCAGUCAGCCUCCCACAGUGACAAAGCCCCAAACAAAAAAUACCCCCUUUGGGGCUAUAGAUGUGUAUUCAAUUCAAAGACACCUGUUUCUUGUUGAAGGCCAUAACAUGAAAGGAUGUCAACUAUGUCAUCCAGAUGAUACCCAGCACAUUUUGAAGGAUAAAGGCCUGACAGAUAGGAGUCACCAAGUGGGGAAUACUGUGGUGACCCAGACCCCACUCACCCUGCUCAUUAUGCUUGGAGAGCCAGGCGACAUCUCCUACAAGGCAACUGUCAGAGGGGAUGCUGUGCUGACCCAGUCUCCAGUCCAUAUCUUUGUGUCUGUAGGAGAGAGUGUCUCCAUCAUCUGCAGAUCCAGUGAGGACAUUAGUGAUUACUUAACUUGGUAUCAGAAGAAACCAGGCCAGAUUCCUAAGAUUCUCAUCUAUGAUGCAGAUAACCUAUAUUCUGAGGCUCCAGACAGGUUCGCUGGGAUACAGUCUGGAAGAGAUUUCAUUCUCAAAAUCAACAAUGUAGAGAUUGAUGAUGCUGCUGAUUAUUACUGCCAGCAGGACUAUACAAUUCCUUACACAGUGCUAUAUGCCCACACAUAA